UAGCGUGUCAGCAGGCUGUGUCACCGGUGCUGUUUCUUUCGCCGGUUAUAGCUAAUUCUCCCUUCGGUUUACUGUGAUUCCACUUUCAUUUUUAAACAAAAGAAUGGCAAGAAAAAGGAGAGAAAGAAGCGACAUGGACGGGUUGUCUCCGACUCAGGACGAGGUGAAGUCUAACGACAGUGACUCGCAGCUUUUGAAAGCUCAAGAAAGAGAAGGAGGCUCAGCACGCAUGUCUCUUCUUAUUUUGGUGUCAAUAUUUGCCUGCUCUGCAUCAGUCAUGUACCUGGUCUACAAGAACUUCCCAGAGCUUCCAGAUGAUGAAAUGGAGAAAAUCAAGAUCCCUAAAGACAUGGAUGAUGCCAAAGCAUUGGGGACUGUGUUGUCCAAAUACAAAGACACAUACUACACCCAGGUGUUGGUGGCUUACUUUGCUACCUACGUUUUCCUCCAGACGUUUGCUAUCCCCGGAUCAAUCUUCCUCAGCAUCCUGUCGGGCUACCUUUACCCUUUCCCCUUGGCACUUUUCUUAGUCUGUUUGUGCUCGGGCCUCGGAGCUUCCUUCUGUUACAUGCUGUCUUAUCUAGUGGGCAGACCUGUGGUCUACAAGUAUCUCACUGAAAAAGCACAGAAAUGGUCCCAGCAGGUUGACAAACAUAGAGAUCAUUUAAUCAAUUACAUCAUCUUCUUGAGAAUAACUCCCUUUCUUCCCAACUGGUUCAUCAACAUCACCUCACCUGUCAUCAAUGUUCCUUUGGGAGUUUUCUUCAUUGGCACCUUUAUUGGAGUGGCACCGCCAUCCUUUGUAGCGAUCAACGCCGGUACAACGCUGUACAAACUGACCACAGCUGGCGAGGCCGUGUCCUGGAACUCCCUGGCCGUGCUUGGCGUGCUCGCCGUCCUCUCCAUCUUGCCCGUCUGCUUCCAGAAAAAGCUGCAGCAGAAACUAGAGUAGACCAGAACUCUGCACCUCAUCUGCGGCUGCUACCGUCUCCCUCGGCUCAGGAACAUGCAGCUGCCGCUAAAUCUGCUCGGUCAGUGUCUCGCACAGUUUCUGGUGGAGCGUUUGUGGCGCAGGGUUUGGGGGGGGGCGUUGUCUGUAAACAACAUGCAUAGAGUGGUGGGUCGUUUGUUGCGUUGAAGUAUAAACUGUCUGCUGCUUUUAGACAUUUUUUUCCCUGUAUUUCUGUGGCUAAUGCUACUGAAUGUGGCUCUAAAUGUAAAUAAGCAAAAGUUUUUUGUUUAUAUUUAAGGCACUGCUAAUCAGUGUAUUCCUUUCUUAAGAGACUUAAAGGUGCUAUUAGUUGGAAUUAUUUCUUUGUGGCGUGCAGGAAAGUGUUUCAAAUUCUACAUUUUUUACAGGGAAGCAGUGUUUUACCUCCUAUAAAGACCUGCUAGAACAGUAUUUUUGUUGAAGUUUAAUGUACUUGAACAUGAAGAAAAUGCUUUAUCAGUAACAUAUCAGUAAUUCUAUCCUCUUGAUAGCACCUUUACCUCUCCUUCCUAUAUUUUAUGUUUAAUGUCUCAUUUCAACUUUGAGAAUUGAAGUACCACAGCAAUAAAACUUUUGUCCUUUUUUUUUAGUUCAUAUUUUGAUUUGGUGAAUGUUUCUUUGGCAAAGAUUCCUGGGAAAUAUAAAUUUAGUUAGAUUCUGUUCCUGUUUUGGUAUUUAAAGAUGUUUAAGUUGAACUCUUUAUUUUGAAUGUUUUUAUUUCAAAAAACACUUGACAACCUGCCACAGCAGGCUGUAAAGAGAUCUUCCUUCUGCUGCAAUAACUUCAGAGAGAAAGUUAAUGCAUCGCUGUUCUCUAGCUAACAUUUGUCAUAAAAUGAAUAAAUAAAUAAAUCUUUCAACUGCCUGCCUACAGCCAAAAUGGGGGGAAAAUGCUGUAAAAUAGAGCAAGCUUGAAUCUCACUGCUUGGUUGAAGUAAUAUAAUGUUACUUCUCUACACAUGCUAGACUUGCAGUGUAUAUAGUUCUACUUCAGGGUGUCGAUGCAUGAAAAGCUUCCGCCAUAAGAAGUAAAAAAAAUGUUUUGAAUGUUUCUUUAUUUUUUUAAUGGAUAUUCAAUGUUGGAUAAUUUGAUUUCCCAUAUGGUGAUACUACAGUUACAUCUAUUAUCUGUCAGAUGCACAUUUUACUUUUGUUUGUAAUAUUGUCCAUUAAUACUCAGUGGGCCUUGCCUUUGAUGGAAUUACUUCUUCCUGAAUAUACAGGAAUCUUGUUGUUUUUUAAGAGCAUGUUCAGCCUCUGCCUACUCUCCCAGAAAAAAGACAGUAAAAUUUUAAAGUAAUAUUUUGAACAAAUUCCUAAUUUACUACUUUUGUGCCCUUAUUUAAUAAAAAAUGUGAUGACUAUGAUAUAUUUACCCUUAAUUUAACAUCUUACCCAAACAUUUUUUAAAUGGUUGAUUUUUUUUUUUUUGCUUAAUUUUUGCCUGAUUUCAGUGUCCCCAUAACUAUAUAUUCAAGCUUAAUGUAUAUUUCUUUUUCUGACUUAAUCAAAAAUGUGAGAAUGUUGAUGUCACCCUCUGCUAAUGUUUGAAAAAGAUGACAAUUCUGUACUGAAUGGUGGGGCAUUUUAGUGGGGAGUUUACAGACCACUCAAUUCUGUCCUGCCUAAUCUUUUUAUUAUUUAUUAAUAAAUUUCUCUUUCCAGAACACA